AUGUCGAACGAAAUUAAAAUUGGUGACUAUAUUGUUAUACAGAAGCAUAACUAUAAAAAGCUGCACAAAUUUAAUAAAUCAGAUUCCACUAUAAACUUAGGAAAAGAUACUAUUUAUUUAGAUGGACUGGCUGGCUGCCCAUACUUUUCAGUAUUCAAAUUGAUUCCUAAAUAUAAUAAGAAGAAAAGGGAAUUUACAGUUGAGUUAGCAGAGGGAGCUGUAAAGUUAACAGACGAGAUUGAUAUAAAAGUAUCUGGUAAUGAUAAUAGAAACAUACUUGAUGAUGGACGGUCACAAAAGUUAUCAGCAGCUGACAUUGAAACACUCAAAAGUGAUUCUAAUAAAGCAUCAGAUAUUGUGGAAACUUUAAUCAGCAAUUCAAACACAUUUCAUAACAAAACAGAAUUUUCUCAAGAUAAGUAUUUGAGGAAAAAAGAAAAAAAAUAUUUUGAAUAUUUUCAAAUAUUAAAACCUAAUUUAAGAAUAAUAAGUGAAAUUAUGUACAAAUUAGAGCCUAAUAAAAUUCAGAACUUAAGGAUCGACACACUAUCACAAAUUAUUACAAUGGUAAAUAUCCACUGUGAGGGAAACCACCUGUUGUAUGACUCUGGUUCUAAUGGGUUAGUGGCUGCUGCAUUAUUGAGUGCUAUUGGAGAGAAUACCACUGGUAAACUAGUACACAUGCAUCCUGGUAACAUGUCACAAAAACAAGCAUUGUUAGCUAUGAAUUUUCCUGAAGAACAGCUAAGUAGAUGUGUUUCUGUUAAUGUAUACUCAGCACUUAGGCAAUUCUAUCAAGGCUGUGAUACAAAUAAUUCUGCAACUCGAGAAGAAAAAGCAGAAGGCACAGAGCAAACAUCAAUGAAGAGAAAACAUGAGACUAACUCUGAAGAUUGUCCAUCCAAGAAAAUUAAGCAAGAUAAUGAGAAUGAAUCAUUAGAAAAUGAUAAUACAAAUGUUCAGGAUCCUCCAAGAGAAAAUAAAAAGCCAAAAUGGCAUUUUGAUAACAUAGCUGCCUCAGAAAUCUUGCAAAAUAAGAUGGAUUCCUUAGUAAUAGCAUCCAAAGAGGAUCCACAAAAUAUCUUUAAUGAAUUAGUGAGUUUUGUUAAACCUGGCAGACCAUUUGUGAUCUACUAUAAUGUUGCAGAGCCAUUACAGCAGCUGUACAUGCAGUUAAAAAUGCAAAGCAAUGUUGCUGCUCUAAAACUGACAUGUAACUGGAUGAGAAAUUAUCAGGUGAGGGAGGAUUAA